UCAAGCUCAUAUAUGAAAUGAGUAGUUAUUUGCGCCGCUCGGGCGGCGACAUUGACAGCGUUUUGUCGAAUAUUCUCGUGUGAUUCUCGUUCGCCAUUUUGUGAAUGCUGCGGAAUUCUACGUUAAGUAACCACGCAUAGGUUAUCCUGGAGUAAAUCAGUUUUGGUAUGGAAUAAUGUCUGAAAAGUCAGUCGCUGGUAAAUCCACAUUGAAGAAACAUGAAGUUGCUAGGCCCUUGCAUAUUCAGAGACUGGAAACCGCCUUAGAUAUACGACCUUUUGUGAACCAGGUUGAAAAUAUCCUUAACUCUGAUGCUGAGAGCAACAGUGAUGAUGAUGAUGAUCCUAAGACAACAGAAAAUGAGUUUUAUAGGGGCGACAAGAAGAUGCAUGGUGUAGUCACAACAAAACAAGAGCGACAAGGCGAUCGUUUGCGCCUGUAUAAUUUCUCAUCAGUGGGCGCAGAACGGCAGUGGCUCAAAAAUGUUCUAUUAUCUUCGGGAUCGGAGACAAGUAGUGAAGAUGAUUCCCCGGCUGCUAAGGGAAGAAGAUUAAAAAGAAUCCUCAAAGAAAGACGCCGUCAUAAUAAUUAUAUUAAAGAGUACAAUAAAGAUCCUGGGAACUCACGGUACAUGUACUAUGGAGCUGGCUUAUUAUCAACUGUGGACCGGUAUCCAGAACGGCGUAUUAGUCGGCCAGUACCACAGCCUCCAUCUACAAGGGGCCGCAGAGGUCGUCCUUCAGACAGAGGCGCUUCAGCAGGCAGAGGCACAUAUAAAGCUAGGAGAGGCCGAAACAAGGAUAAUCGAAUCAUCAAUGAAACUCAUGACCUGGUAGAUGGGGUCGUCAUCGACUGGGAAGAGCAACUUAGGAAUCUUAAGGAUGAUAAAGAUAAGGAUGAGGAUGAUUUUGCAAUUUUAGACAAGCCAGGAAUAAGAGGUCGUAAGAAACUGGCAGCCAUGAAGAGUCCUGAAGCAUUGACCGCACGUCGGCGUCGACAUUGGCAACUACUCGUCAAAAAAGAAUUGGGAAAAAUGCAAAGAGCCAGGACUUCUACUCAUAGAGAAGUUAUGUUGCAAAGAAAGCGAUUGGCUACAUUAUGUUGCAAACAUUGGCGACAAUUAGCUAUGCAGUCUCAAAAGAAUAUGAAAGAAACAGUUUGGCGUUGUAAACGACUGAGCAGAGAAAUGCAGGCGUACUGGCGGCGAUAUGACAGAGCUGAGAGGGAAACUCGGCGGCGGAUGGAAAGAGAAGCAGAGGAGCAAAGAAAAAUGGACGUAGAACUAAUGGAGGCUAAACGCCAAAGGCGUAAGCUGAAUUUCCUAAUAACACAAACAGAAUUAUAUGCGCACUUUAUGCAAAGGAAGAUGAGUGAAGAAGGUGACAGUGGGGCUGACCAAAUACUUAGACAGCUAGAUGAAGAUAGAGAUCCUAGGUUGGCUGCCAUUGACCACUAUGACAGCGAAGCUAUGAAAGCUCAAGCUUCAAGGAACGCUCGUGAGGCAUUCAAAGCAGAACGUGCGCGCACGCAACAGUUUGACGCCGCAGCGGGCGUGGAUGACGCGCAGAGCGAAAGCGAUAGGCGGGGAGGCGACUACGAUCAACCUAACAUAUUUCAAGGCACGCUAAAGGGGUAUCAACUCAAAGGCAUGAACUGGCUUGCAAACCUCUAUGACCAGGGUAUCAGCGGUAUUUUAGCUGACGAAAUGGGUCUUGGCAAAACAGUGCAAUGCAUAGCAUUCUUGUGUCACGUGGCGGAAAGGCUCGGCGUCUGGGGACCGUUCCUUGUGGUCUCCCCCGCUUCUACACUGCACAACUGGCAACAAGAGAUGCAGAGAUUCGUGCCAGACUUCAAAGUAGUCCCUUACUGGGGUAGUCCAGCGGAAAGGAAAAUUUUACGUCAAUUUUGGGAGCGUAAAGACCUCCAUACGCCUCACGCUGCUUUCCAUGUGGUUAUCACGUCGUAUCAGAUAGUGGUGUCUGACCUUAAAUAUUUGAAUCGAGUGUCGUGGCAGUAUAUGAUAUUGGACGAGGCUCAAGCGAUCAAAAGUUCUGCAAGUAUGAGAUGGAAGCUGUUGUUAGGCUUCAGUUGCAGAAAUAGACUUCUGUUAUCUGGUACUCCAAUACAGAACAGCAUGGCAGAACUGUGGGCACUGCUACAUUUCAUAAUGCCGACUUUGUUCGACUCGCACGAAGAGUUCAAUGAGUGGUUCUCCAAAGAUAUUGAGAGUCAUGCUGAAAACAAAAGCACCAUUGACGAGAAGCAUUUAUCACGGCUUCACAUGAUAUUGAAACCAUUCAUGCUGCGACGGAUUAAAAAGGACGUAGAGAACGAGCUUUCCGAUAAAAUUGAGAUUAUGGUGCACUGUCCACUCACGAUUAGGCAAAAGCUUUUAUAUAUUGCCCUGAAAAAGAAGAUUAAAAUUGAAGAGUUGUUACAUUAUUCUGUCGGAGCUGAGUCUGGUCAUAAUGUAGAUAAAAAUUUCACAUCUAAUUUAAUGAAUUUAGUAAUGCAGUUUAGAAAGGUUUGUAACCAUCCGGAACUGUUUGAACGAAGGGACGUGAGGUCGCCAUUCGCAAUGCAAGUAGACGACUAUCAUAUACCAAAGAUAGUAGCAGAAGAAUGUAUUUUAAUUCGUUCAAUUCCAUCCAAGCGGCAUUUGCUUUAUAAUAAAUUAUCAAUACUCGUACCUGAAUAUAUUCAUGGCAGUAUUAGUGAAGAAGAUGAAUUAAGUGGAAUUAAUGUUGGUGGGUUCUUCGGUUUUACGAGGUUCAUGGAUCUUUCUCCAACGGAACUUUAUAGAGUCAUGCUGUGUGGAUGGCUUUAUGCAAUGCUACAUAUAGAACAAUGUUUAGAGAAAUUUGAUAAAUUACGUCAUAGAGAAUUUUGGUGGAAGCACUCGCGUGGUAGACCGCCGCGGAGGAAGAGCGCUGCGAAGAAGCGAGAUAGUGGAGAAUACAUACCGCCUAAGUAUUAUGACAUAACAAAUAGCAAGAAUUUACUCUUUAUAUGCCCUGACGGAGACGUGUUGAAGAGCAGGAAGGAUGAUAGUUUGUUAUGGAAGGGACUGCUGUUUACCGAUCCUCUGUGGGGCAAGGGUGGUCCUUUCUACACCCAUGCAGACCACAUUCUGCAUUACAUUCCCGAGACUGUGGAACAUCGGGCCAUGCGGCUGAGGCAUUUGAGGGAGAGAGACGGCCAGUUUGCGUUACAGUAUGAUCUGUUGAGUGAGAUAAAGACGGAAGACGGCGGCGUCACACCUGUGCCGGAAAUAGUAGACAUGCUGGAGUCGCCGCACAUUGAACGAUCGCCCAUAGUGCUGCCAGAUAUGCCAACUCCCGUUCCCGGAUUCUUGUACACCACUCAACCUAAGGUGUGCGCAUGGACUCGUGAGGCGUUUGCCGUAUCGCGCAACUUCGCGUACCACCAGAUCCGACACCAACACGGCGAGUGCCGUGAGGGCGCGGAGCUGUUGCGGCAACUUGUAGCCGCGGCCAGCCCUGCCUUCGGAUGGGCCUACGUGCAAGUACCCGACAAAAACCAGUUAGUGAGUGACGCUGGGAAAUUAACUGUUUUGGAUUCUCUUUUGAAGAGACUAAAAGAAAAGGGGCAUAGAGUGCUUAUAUACAGCCAAAUGACCAAAAUGAUCGACUUAUUAGAGGAAUACAUGUGGCAUCGCAAGCACAAGUACAUGCGAUUGGAUGGGUCUAGUAAAAUAUCGGCGCGACGCGAUAUGGUGGCAGAUUUUCAGGCUCGAGCAGAUAUUUUCGUGUUCCUACUAUCCACACGAGCGGGUGGACUUGGUAUUAACUUGACGGCAGCAGACACUGUGAUAUUCUACGACUCGGAUUGGAACCCAACGGUGGACCAACAGGCUAUGGAUCGAGCACACCGUUUGGGACAGACCAAACAAGUGACAGUCUACAGACUCAUCUGCAAGGGGACCAUCGAAGAGAGAAUCAUGCAGAGAGCGAGAGAGAAGAGCGAGAUACAAAGGAUGGUGAUCAGCGGAGGCAACUUCAAGCCUGACACGCUUAAACCGAAGGAGGUCGUGUCGCUUCUACUGGACGAUGAAGAAAUUGAACUCAAAUAUCGUCAGAAAUCAGAAGAAAAGAAAUUGAUGGAGGAGAAGGAAAGAAAAAGAAAAAUGGGAAUUCUACCGCAACAACAGCCUGCACCGCCAACACCGGUGGAACCUAAGAAACUGCGCGACUCUAUAUCGGAGCCAGGCAGCCCCCUCGACGUUGAUGAUGAAGGAGAACUAGUGGUCGACAUACCUUCACAGCCUGCCACGCCUGUCUCAUACUCGCCACCGAUGCGAUCGUCGUCGUGGGGAGCGACGCGGUCGGGGCGCGGGUCGCGGCGCGGCAGGCCGAGGGGCUCCAGACACGCCAUGAGUCGGAGGACCGACGCCAAGCCUGCGGACAACGCCGUCGCUGUAGCAGCUGGGGCAGCGUUAUUGGAAUCCGACGCUCCUUUAGAGGCGAUUGAGCCUGCUCCUUCGCCGGUGCCGGAAGGCCGCGGUAGGCGAGGCCCGGGCAGGCCGCGGCUGCGUACAACGGCGCCCCGAGGCCCUACGCGCCGCCCGCGCCGACCUCGCGAGCCUCUGCUGGUCCCACUUGCACCGCCUCCCUAGCAGAGGUUCCACAAGAUGACCAAGAGUCGGAACAAGUACUGCAAUUCAACAAAGCCCACCUAUGUGCAAUAUUUGAUUAUUUACAUUCUUGUAGAUUUCUACUUAGAAUGCGGUCCGUCAUUUGUAAAUAGAUGCUACAAACUAAUUGAUAACAAUUACUCUCUUUCUAUAUUCCUUUAUGGAUAAUAGCUAUGAAUAUAGAAGGAAUUAAGAGCAAAGCAUGAAUAUUUGCUAUUAAUACCUUCUAUAUUAGACGUUUGAAAGCAUUCAUAAUCAAAUAAGCAUACGGACGGGUCUAAUAAUUUAUCUCAAUUAUUAAAAAUCCGAUAAAUUAUACGAAUCUGUAAAAAAAUCUAAUUUAAAAAGAUGUCUUUAUUAUAUGUCAAUAACACAUUAAUUAAGGCGAUAUACGAGUUGAGUUUGGAAAUUCGAAUUUAGAAAUUACAAUCCCGCGAGAUCCCUGCAUUUGCGAGACAUUAAUAUUGUUUUAUUUGGCUAAAAAGCAAUAAAAAUGUUUGGUUGUGAUUAUAAGGUUAACUAAAAUACAAUAUUAAUUGACGGUAAAAAUCAGCUAUUAAGUUAUUUAUUAUUUAUAUAUUACAAUUACCCGUAUAUUUGCAAAUCAACACAAAUAAUAAUGAAAGUGUCAAAUGAAGACAGUUUAAGGGUGAUUUUUGAAAUGGCUUUUUAAAAAAUAGAGUAUUGAUUGAGAAUUUGAGAGUGCUGUCUUAUAACUAUUAUCAAACUAUAAAGAUCCGUGUCCACUACAUCGUAUCAUACCAGGACAGUGUUUGUUCCGGCACAGGCAAAAAAAUACUCUGUAUGAAUUUUUAGGCGCAACGCCUUUACCGGCCAAUACCGUAGCGUGCCGUGACCGGCCAGAAUUCCCGGACAUAUGGGUAUAGAACGGGGUUGCUCAGUUGCACUGGGCCUAUGCCCACUACUAUUAGCGUCCGGCACGCGCCGAUCCAUGCCUGACACGGUCCUUUAAAUUAUUUUUUAUAGCCAUCACGUAUGGUCCUGAAUGAUACAUUUGCAUGUUAGGAAAUUGCACAGCUAAUCGGUUUAGAUUUUGUAAGUUACAAGAUCCUUUGUAAAUGAAAUUAAAUGCAUGUUUCUUUUUACAAAUUUCCAGAAUGAAGUUAGUGUAGGGUUUGAACUGUGUUAACUGAGUCUUUUUAAAUUGAUUUCUUAGAUGAUUCUUAGGCCAGUGGACUAUUUCUGUUAGUUUAAAUUAUUAUGGAACGGGAAAACUACAUAAAUCUCUGCGAAGAUUACACCUGUAGAGUCUAUAAUUUUGGGUAUAUUCUUAACUAAAUCUUGCUUAUAUUAUUGCUGCGAUAUUGUUUCCAAAUAGUAAGAUUUUUUGCAUGUGCAUUAAAAUAUAACACUAAGCAAUGAAACAAGUGUUGCUUGAGAUAUGUCAUCAAAACAACAACAACAAUUCGAACUUGAGCUUUUUUUGAGCGAAAGUGCUGUGUUGUCUACCUACCCCGACGGGAUAACUACAUACAUACAUGAGAUCACCACUGGUGGUGGUGGUUAUGUAUGAGUGCUCAACGUAUUGAAAUGAAAAUUCGAAAGCUGUAUUGUAUAUUUAGGCUGCUCUCGUUGAAGUUUAUCGGAUUCUAUGGAAAUAAAAUUAGUCUCUCUCUAGUACUAACCUAAUUGCAAGUAAAAAAGGUGUUUUAAUUCCAAUUUCACCCAAAAUGUGACAAAGGUUACGUUCUAGCAACAUUGCAGUAAAUUAUUGCGAUUGAUUUUUAUUCUUCUCAGUAGACACUCACGUUGACGUCUGAGGGUUGCAAACUACAAUACUUAAUUUAACCGUCAUUAUUACUUAGAUAGGCACUACUACUUACGCAAGGUAAACCUAUCUCAGCCACCGGUUGGGAACGAGAGUAGCCGUUCUAUACGUAGUAUAAUUCCUUAUACUAUGGUUGUGUUGAGAAUUAUUUGUUUGAAAAUGUCAUAAUUUGUCUUUUUAACAAAAACAAAAGUGGCACCUUCAAAAUAUUAUACGAAAAUUUUCAGGUGUACACUAUUAAUAUAUCAUUUUAUGAAUUUUAUUUACCUAUGUUUUUAAGUAUACUAUUUUAUUUAUUUAUUUAUUAUGGACAACUUACAAGCUACACUCUGCACAUGCAAAGUAUAUAAAACUUUUAUUUAUUAACCUAGAUAUAACAACAAACAAUGUUAUACAAAUUAUUUCAGUGUUUCGAAUUGGUUCAGGGCAGAGUAGGUAUAUCGCCUUAAUUGUUUAUGAGUAAUGUUUUAACGUUAUUUUUAUUUUAGAUGUAUAUAAUAAUUGUCAUGGAAUAAUUUCGUGUUGUCGUCAUGUGAUGUGAAGUAGAUAAAUGGAUUGAUAGUGUAGGAAUUGGAAGUGUCAAAUGAAUGAAGAAAUUGUCAGAAAGAAAAGGUUUUAAGCACGGAAUAGAAUAAAGAGGUUAAGACCCAAAGGGGCGUGAGGCGCGCUUCAAGUAUGAGCAAAUAGCUCAGUUUGCAGUACUUAUAUUAAACUGUCGUUUUGUGCCAAUAUAACCUGCAGGACAAGAAGUCAAAUAUCUACAAUCAUGCAGGGAGAGAUUUAUUAUCACAGGUAAACUAAAAACGUUAGUUUAAUCAACUAUUUAUCACCAAAAAUACUUUUGUAUUCGGUAAAUUACGAAUGGUAAUGAUAAAGAUGCAACCUGUCAUAUAAAAUAUAAUUUGCUGGUAAAGUUCAUUUAGUGCUGAGUAUGUAUGCGUGGUAUCGUAGUUAUCUGUUUGCACGAGUAGUAGUAAAAAGAGUGGGAGUUGAACAGGCGACAGCGAUUCUCGUACAAAAUGGUACGCUCUUUCCAACUUCUUUCUUCUAUUCCGUGGUAUCAAGGAAGGUUGGGAAUGUUAAGAACAUACAUAAUUAUUGUAUUUUCUUCGCCUUGAUAUAAAAGCAAUCGCCAUCCUGUGAUGGAUGUAACGGUAACCUCAAUAAAUGCCUUGUUUUAAUUUUUAUGACGACUGAUAACGUUUUUUAUUUAAUAAAUAGACAGUAUUUA